AUGCCGACUGACCCGAAAAGCGAAGACCCGCCGGUUCUGGAGGCUUCAGGCUAUUGCAAGUCCGGGCGCGAGUGCACAAGCUCUUCUGUGUCAGUUGCCGUAGGGCUUUGGACAGGAGGCGGGAAGGGUCGCGUCCUUGAGACCGCCGACGCGUUCCUGGACGACAAGGCCGAUCGACUCUGGAGGACACGGUCGGCGGCGCUUCGCGAACUGGCACAGAAGGUUCGAGACGGCACGGAUCUUGUUCUCCUGUGCGCGGGUAGGAUUGAGUCCUGUCACGGCGAUCUGCUGAAGAAGGGGAUCCUAGCCGAAGCGGCGCAGCUCGAGGCCACCAGCAAGAGGAAGCCACGCUCCGACAAGGGCAAGCCGAGGGGUCCUCGGGGGCCCAGAGCCGACUCGGUGGAGACGGCGGCCCGCAUAGGGGUGCUGUCGACCUUCUACCUGCGGCACGCCUAUGGACGGGACAGCCCGAGGCUGCACGAGGAGAGCGGGGUGCUCUCCGCGCCGCCCUCAGCCACGCCGCUACGACCAACUCCGCCGUCACAGGGAUAUGCAACGGUGGCAUAA